AUGGCGGUGCGCGCAUGCGCUCUUUUGUUCCUCGCGUUCACAACAGCCGCAGCGCGGGAAUGCAUCGAAUUGACAUUACCCGACAAAAGUUUAUUAACAGAUUCGAUAUUAAACGGUACGAUAUUAAAGUUAGCAGCUAAAAAUGAAAGUUUCGAAGAAAGUGGACGUUUUAAUGUGGUGGAAAUGUGGGAGCGGUUCCCUAAAAUCGUGGUGCCAAGGAACGGGACCAGCGAUCAGUGCCGAAGAGAUAGCCAGUUAUACCUAGACAGCCUGGAACGUCUGGAGUUAUGGGCAUUAAAAAUGUUCGACGCAACAGCGAAACCUCCUGCAGGCAUACUAAGCGGCAAUGGAAACCAAUAUGGUGAUUUCGACGAAUGUCUCAGCAUUGAUGGCGCAGUCAGGGGAAAGUACUGUCUCGCAUCGCUUCAAGUAAGCUUCCAUGGAGACAAAAAUAUGGCAGACAUCGACACCUUAGUACACAGUGGACACUAUAUAAGAAGCAAUAUUACUGAUAUGGGUCACAGAGUUCCUCGUUAUUCCAGUUUGCUGUGGGGCGUCUGUAUCCCUAGUUCCUGCAGCAGUUUCGAUUUAGAGGAAGAACUGUCUGAGAAUCUGUCCAGUCUUGGUAUUUCAGUUAAAGUACAUAACACUAUGUGUUCCGUCAAAGAUUUCAACAGACCUUACUCCUUUGGGAAAACACUUUCCAUCACAUUUUUCCUGGCAAUUAUUCUGCUACUGAGUUUAGGAACUAUACUAGACGAUGACAAAGAAGGUGCGACAAACUUCGAAAAACUUCUGAACGCGUUUUCCUUAAAAAGGAAUUUAAAAAAGAUUUUUGACCUAUCCGAUUCCCCGACCAAGGUCAAAGGUAUUGACGCGUUUAGAGGUAUAAACGCGCUAGCGCUGUUGAUUGCUCAUAAAUCUAUGGCUAUGGCUCACAACCCUUAUGUAAACAAAGUUAGCUAUUCUAAUGUAUUUGGCAUGCCUUGGGCCGUCGUCGGGCGAUCCGCCAUCCUCUACACAGACAGCUUCUUGUACCUCAGCGGGUUUUUAAAUGCAAACAACCUUCUUCAAGACCUAGAAAGGAAGGGAACUAUCAACCUCAAGGACCGCCUCAUCGCCAGAUGGUUUAGACUAUUUCCUCUCUUCGUGAGUCUGAUGUUAUUCUGUACAUACAUUCUGCCAGACGUUAACAACGGCCCCCAGUGGAACUUGGUCGUGGAGGAACACAGCAGAGUCUGCGAAAAGAAUAUGUGGAAAAGUUUUCUGUUCAUACACAACUAUUUUGGAUUUGAGGAAAUGUGCCUAACACACACGCACCAAAUCGGCAUGGACAUGCAGCUGUACGUAGCUACGCUCCCCCUAAUGGUACUGAUCUGGAAAUUCAAAAAAUUGGGCUGGUCCCUUCUGGUUCUUAUAGCUGUCGCAUCAACGGUGUUGAGGUAUCUGGCGAUCUACUGGUACGAUAUCAGCAUGUUCGUGUACUUCGGGAUAUCAGUUCAGAAGCUACUAGAUGCUGCUCGAUACUCUUACAUCCUACCGACUCACAGAGCGACCAUUUAUCUUAUAGGAAUGGUUAUGGCUUAUCUCAUGAAGUCUAAGAAAUUAAAUUUCACACUGUCAACUGCCCAGUCAAGACUGCUAUGGUGCUCCUGCUUUGGCCUAGCUAUAUUCACGGUAGUUAGCCCCUACAGAAUGGGUCUGGAAGGUUACCAAUACGAGCACUACCCCGCUGCGAUGUUUGCGGCCUUUUCACCCAUACUAUGGGGCUUGGUCAUGUGCGUAGCCCAUUGGGCGAUAUGUAACGAUUAUGCAGGUGUAGGAACCGCUUUCGUUGAAGCCCGAGUGUUCAAAUUCUUCAACAAGAUCGCGUACAGCGUGUACCUGACGCAGUUCCCAAUCUUUUUCUACAAUGUUGGGAUUCAGAGGCACGCCGAAUAUUACUCACCUUUACUUCUAUUGCACUUCCCCGAGGUACUGACCGUGUUAUUGGUGUCAAUAAUGGCGACAGUUGCCAUUGAAAUGCCUUUCAACAAAGUUUAUAGGAUAUAUUUUGGUACAUCACAGACGAAGUUAAAAGACAAAUGA